AUGAGCAAGAAUUGGUCGUUAGCUGCAAAACUAUCCACAUACCUGACCAUUUGUUCGUUCACCUUCCUCGCCAAUGUCAACAGUAGCAAUUUCACGGUGGCAACCCAGCCCAUCAUCAAGGAGUUUCAUGUUACCCAGACCCAAGCCGGUGAGCUAGUAUGCUUUAAUGUAUUCAUGUUCGGAGUGGGUAACAUUUUCUGGGUGCCAUUGAUGCGGGUCAUUGGAAAGCGUCCAGUCUACCUGAUUGCGAUGCUCAGCCUGUGUAUGAUGAAUGUAUGGUCCAGCAAGGCCGUGAGUUAUGGAGAACUACUUGCUUCGCGGAUCCUGUCUGGAUUUGCCGCAGCUGCAGCUGAUGCCACUGUUCCCGCCGUGGUGGGGGACAUGGUCGCUCCCCAGGAUCGUGGACAUUAUAUGAUGUUCUUCCAUUUGGCAAUGACAGCAGGGCUGUUCCUCGGUCCUUUAAUCAAUGCUUAUCUGGUUCAAGACGAGAAUUGGCGCUGGAUGUGUUAUUUCCUUGCCAUUGCUGUUGGCGUCAUCUUUGCUGUCUCUAUUUGCACAAUCAGGGAAACUUCUUACCACAAGCCGCAUAGCAGCUCAUCUCCGACCAAGCGAUCACAACUACAAUGGAUGUCCUUGACUGUGGGCUUCAACCGUGAGGCUUCUUUUAUGCAGGCUCUCAUGGAUAUCCUUGCAAAUGCCGCAUACCCACCAUUAAUCUGGUGCUCACUUACCAUUGGCAUAUCCGUUGGCUGGAAUAUUGUUGUGCAGCUCAUGUCAUCUCGGACGUUCACGAAGCCCCCUUACAAUUGGGAACUAGGUGACCUCGGUCUACUCUCAAUCGCAGGAUUCAUUGGCUCAAUCCUUGCAUUUUAUGUUGGUGGUCGCCUGAUCGACACUAUUUCUACGCGAAGCACUGUUCGACAUGGCGGUGUUCGUUUGCCGGAAUACCGAUUGCCUGCUAUCGUGAUUCCUGGCUUGAUUGGACCCGCGGGGAUUCUCAUUUUUGGCCUUUGCGUUGCAAAUGAAACUCAUUGGAUCGGCCCCGCAGUGGGUAAUGCGAUGCAGGCUUUUGGUGUCGCCGCUAUCAGCAACGUUGCCGUGACAUACUCGCUAGACUCAUACAAACCGGUCACUGGUGAGGCUUUGGUCAUAAUAUUUGUGAUUCGGAACACUAUCGGGAUGCUUGUAUCGUUAUAUGCCGCAGACUGGAUUGAACGUCAAGGGCCUGCGGCCGUCUUUGGUGAAAUGACUGCGAUCCAAGUCGUGAGCAUCUCCUGCGCGAUUCCUCUUUUCAUUUGGGGCAAUGCUAUCCGAGCCUUCACUUCCCGAUAUGGCCCCAUGAAGCGUUUCCAGGAAUUACAAUCUAAUUGA